GAUAAAAUUCAUUAUGAUGUUGUCGAGUGAGCAUGCGGCUGUGUCUGCGCCGGAAACAGUUUAUUAUUGCGUAAUUUACUUUCGCUUGUGUGAUGUGAAAGAAAUUUUAUAAUGUUAGUGAGCAAUUAGUGUGUUUACAAGUGUUUAAAAUGUUCUGGCGGACAGUACUACUUGGGGCCUUCGUGACGUCAGUGUCUGGUCAUGGGCGGGUGCUACAGCCUCCCGGUAGAGCCUCCAUGUGGCGUAUGGGGUUCAGCAGCCCACCAGACUAUGAUGAUGACGGCCUCAAUUGCGGCGGUUUCGAUAGACAAUACAGGACAAAUCGAGGAAAAUGCGGGGUCUGUGGCGACGCGUACGACAUGCGGCCCCCUCGCACCCACGAAUUAGGGGGCACAUAUGGUAAAGGCACCGUCGUUGGAACAUACAGAUCUGGACAAAUCUUGGAAGUGACAGUCGAAAUCACCGCCUUCCACAAGGGCUAUUGGUACUUCAAAAUCUGUUCAGAUCCCAAAAGGGAGACCCAGAGAUGCUUCGACAAGUACCCUUUACAUCUAGAGGAUGGUGGGGUACGCUACUACCCACCGAAGGGGGGAACCCAUAGAAUGCGUUAUCGCUUACCUAAGGGUCUUUCAUGUGACCACUGCGUUUUACAAUGGCGAUAUGUAGCUGGUAAUAACUGGGGACGAUGUGAUAAUGGAACCGAGAGUGUUGGGUGUGGAAAUCAAGAGACCUUUGGAGCCUGUUCUGAUAUAUCCAUCUCUCCGUAUAGAUAUCUUGAUGCGGAGAGUAUACCGUUGGAUAUUAAGUCUGCAGAAGGCCUCUUCAAGUUGCUUCAAAAAGCAAAUGUGGCGCCAUAUACCACAAAGCCUAAGAAAAAACCCAACAAGAAGAAAAGCCGUAGACAACCUAGAAAAAGGAAUAAGAGGAAAAGGAAAAAGGCGAAGUCUAUGGACUCUUGGAUCUCGAACUGGCUUUAAGGGUUAACAGAGGAAAUAAGUCUAGAUAUAAUUUAUCAAUAUUGAAAUAAAUACCAAAGUUUAAAAUAUU